CCCGUCGGGGCCGCGCUGCUGCUGACUCAGCCGCGGGGGGGGGCCCGCAGGCGUGGCGGCCGCCUCCGGGGCCAUAAAGGGCCGCGGCCGGAGCCCGCCCCGGCCUCUCCUCGGCGCGAGGUGCCGCCGGCAGCAUGACGGCCAUCGGGGCGCAGGCGCAGAGGCUGCUGGCACACCGGAGACCGCAGAAAGCCUUCUUCGAGACGCUGAUCAGGAGCCUGAUCAUCCUGUGCGUGGCCAUCGCCGUCGUCCUCUCAUCCAUCUCCGUCUGCGAUGGCCGCUGGCUGCUGGCGAGGGGUGAGCUCUUCGGGCUGUGGCACUUCUGCACCAUCAGCAACGGCAGCGUCCUGAAGUGCAGCACCGACCUGGGCCUGGCCAACGUGGAGGGGCUGAGCGUGGGCAUGAUUCCCAUCAGGAGCAUGGUGUCCUUCGCCGUCGUGGUCGCUAUCUUUGGCCUGGAGCUGCUGAUGGUCUCCCAGGUCUGCGAAGACGCCAACUCGAGACGCAAGUGGUCGAUGGGCUCGGUCCUCAUCCUUGGCUCGUUUUUGCUGUCGGCCGCUGGGGUUCUGAGCUUCUCCAUCCUCAUGAAGGAUCACCUCACUUUCAUGGGCUUCACGCUGUCGUACUGGUGCGAGUUCAUCGCUGCCUUUCUCUUCUUCCUCAACGGGAUCAGCGGACUGCACAUCAACAGCAUAACGCACCCCAGGAACAGGGUAGGAAAAAUCUAGGUGCCGAGGGUGUACUCUGCCUUUGUGUAAUCAGCUUUGCCAAUUAGACUGGAAAAAAA